GGUAUUGAAGUGCGACCACGCUUAUGAACUAGCAACGUAAACAACGAUUUCGUGAAACCUCCCGGUAUUGUGUAUUGUUAGUGAUCAAAAUGUUAACCAAUAGAGUUUUUAUGAAAAAGACCAGAAAAGGUGGAAUAAUAAAAGUAGUUCGCGAACACUACCUUCGAGAUGACAUCGCUUGCGGAAUCGCAUCCUGUGGGCUGUGUUCGCUGGAUGUUACACGAACUAGUUUGGACCCGUUGCCGGACAGUGGCAGUACCAUAUUCGACAGCCCGCACUACCUGAUGCUGGAUACGAACAUAAUUUUGUAUCAAAUCGAUUUUCUCGAAGCGGAUGCAAUCCGGAACGUGAUUGUGCUGAGUACGGUACUGGACGAAGUGCGACAUCGAAGUCCGGUUAUCUUCAAACGGCUGCGAAAAAUAAUGGCCGACCCGGGACGGAAAUUUUUUACCUUUGUGAACGAACAUCACAAGGACACGUAUCUGAGCAAGGAUGUUGGAGAGUCUGCCAAUGACCGUAACGAUCGUAUGAUUCGCAAAGCUGCCCUUUGGUACGGUCAGCAUAUUAGAAGUGGGAAUCCGAAGACCAGACUGAAGGUAGUUAUUCUGAGUGACGACGCAGAAAAUCGAAAUCGAGCGAAACAGGAAAAGUUGUUAGUUUCAUCGGUAGCAGAUUAUGUGGUGUCGCUAAGUGGACAUCCUGAACUGAGGGAUAAAGUUUUCAGUACGGAAAAGUGGCAGGAUGAUUCGAAAAUUAUUUUUCCUUCGCAUCUCACGGUGUCACAGAUUCACGAUGGUAUAAAGAAGGGUGAAUUAUUGCAAGGUAGCUUUUUUGCUUCUCGUGACAAUUUUCUGGAAGGAAAUGUUCGUGUGGAGAGUAUUGAGGAACCGGUACUGAUCCAGGGUCGAUUGAAUUUGAACCGUGCAGUGGACGGCGAUGUGGUGGCAAUUAGAAUGCUUCCGAAAAGUGAGUGGAAAUGUCCUAGUGGUGUGGUUCUGGUCGAUGAGCAGAACGUCGAUGAAGAAGGGAUGGAAACGGCAGACCCGGAAUUCAAACAGGAACCUGGUGGUGAAGUAACUCCCACUGCUGCCGUUGUCGGUAUCAUAAAACGCAAGUGGCGUCAGUACUGUGGUAUUCUGGCAGCAAAUGCCUUGAGUCAAUCCACUCGACAUUUGUUUGUUCCUUCUGAAAGGAAAAUACCUCGGAUUCGAAUUGAGACCCGUCAGUCGGCGACUCUGAUUUCGCAAAGGAUUGUGGUUGCGAUUGACUAUUGGCCGCGUCAUUCCAAGUACCCUAUCGGGCAUUUUGUACGAGCUUUGGGUGAGAUUGGUGAAAAGGAUACGGAAAAUGAGGUCAUUCUGUUGGAACACGAUGUACCUCACGGAAGUUUUUCUGCCGAGAUUCAAAGUCAACUGCCAAAGUUGCCUUGGAUUGUAGAACCAGAAGAGUACAAAAAGCGUGUGGAUCUUAGGAACAUUACCAUUUGUUCCGUUGAUCCUCCGGGUUGUACGGAUAUAGAUGACGCUUUGCACGCUCGUAGACUGGACAAUGGAAACAUAGAGGUUGGUGUGCACAUUGCAGAUGUGACUCACUUCAUCAAACCGGGAACGGCUUUGGACAAAGAGGCAGCUCUCAGAGCUACCACAGUUUACUUGGUGGACAAGCGAAUCGACAUGGUUCCCGACGUACUGAGCUCGAAUCUAUGUUCUUUGCGUGGUAACGAAGAGCGUUUGGCGUUUUCUUGUAUUUGGGAGCUGGAUGAUAAUGCCAACAUUCAGAACACUAGGUUCCAUAAAUCCGUCAUCGAAUCUAAAGCAGCACUGACCUAUCAGGAAGCUCAGCUGAUUAUUGACGAUGUUACGCAAACGAACCAAACUGCCCAGUCGCUACGGUUGUUGAACAAGUUGGCUAAACUGCUUAAGCAGCGUCGUAUCGACAAUGGAGCCUUGGUACUGGCCUCUCCUGAAAUUCGGUUUAACAUUGACAGUGAAACGCACGAUCCAAUCGAUGUCGUGGCUAAAAAAAUGCUCGAUACUAACUCCAUGGUCGAAGAGUUUAUGUUGCUAGCAAAUGUUUCGGUUGCGGAAAAAAUCGAACGAGAGUUUCCCGAGUGCGCUAUGCUGAGGCGACAUCCUUGUCCACCGGAUGCCAAUUUUGAACCACUCAAAAAAGCAGCAUUCUAUCAAGGUUUUGAAAUUAUCACCACCAGCGGUAAGGAGUUUGCCACCAGCCUCGACGACGCCGUAAAACCGGAGAAUCCAUAUUUCAACACACUGCUGAGAAUUCUGGCCACGCGUUGCAUGAUGCAAGCUGUGUAUUUCAUUAGCGGUACAGUGCAGCGGUCGGAGUACUUCCACUACGGUUUGGCAUCUCCCAUCUACACCCACUUUACGUCACCGAUUCGACGCUAUGCCGACGUCAUAGUGCACCGACUGCUGGCGGCCUGUAUCGGAGCCGACAGUACCUAUCCGGCGUUGCUGGAUAAACAAAGCAGUUCGCAGCUGUGCAAUAACCUGAACUAUCGCAACCGGAUGGCACAAUAUGCGGGACGAGCAUCGGUCGCACUGCACACCCAUCUGUUUUUCCGUGAAAAAACCGAAGACGAACAGGGUUACAUUCUAUUCGUUAAGAAGAAUGCCAUCCAGGUUAUCAUUCCCAAGUACGGCCUAGAGGGAACGAUCUACGUAGCGGGAAAGAAUGGUGAACAACUUCGCAGCGGUCCAAAUUUUGUGUACUGCGAGGAUACUCAAACCCAGCGCUGCGGUGAUGUGGAGUUCCAUGCGUUCGAUCCGAUCACCGUGCGGCUGAGUUUAGAUUCCACAAACGUGCAGCAUCAGCGGUUAGUGUUCGAACUUGUCACUCCGUUCAUCGAGGGUUUCAGCGUGGCUGCGCUGGAUUCGGCGGGCGACACGAAGCAAAAGCGAAAAAGUGCUAUUCAAGAGGACCAACCGGAUCCGGAUAGAAAGGCGGUGGCAAAAAAGAUCAAGAAAGAAACCGAUGGUAGCAAACGAAAGAAGAAGUGAAUUUCCGCCUACAAUAUUAUUCAACGGUUAUUCUAAAGGUAAGUCCAAUUACCGGAGAUUUCUUGCAGAUAAGAAUAAAGAUUGCAAAAUGGUCA